AUGGACGUCUCUAGUGAAGACAGCGCGGCUCAAUCUACAGUGGAAGUGGUCACGAAAACAAAGCUUCAGCUACCAGCUAGUUGCGACCCGCCCCAGCCCGACGGCGAGAGAAAGCAGUUGGUAUGGGUGGUGUUCGGUGGAACGGGCCAUAUGGGCAGAUCUCUCGUGAAGUCCGCCUUGUCCAAAGGAGAUCUUGUCUCGUCCGUGGGACGAGUCUUCGAGACGAGCCUCGAGGAUAUGUCAGCUCACCAAGACAAAGACAACUAUCUGGGGCUACUAUGUGAUGUGCGCUCGAAAGACUCCGUGGCGCGCGUGAUUGGCAGGACGUUAGGGCGAUUCCAGCGCGUCGAUGUGGUCGCCAACUGCUCCGGCUAUGGCGUCAUAGGCGCAUGCGAGGACCAGGACGAGCACGAGAUUCGGAAUCAGUUUGAGACGAAUUUCAUGGGUACUCUCAACAUCAUCCAAGCCACAUUGCCCUAUUUCCGCCAGCAGAAUGGCGGCCGCUAUCUCAUCUUCAGCUCGACAUCUGGGGCACUGGGAGUUCCUGGCCUUGGCCCGUAUUGUGCCACCAAAUAUGCCGUCGAAGGGCUGAUAGAGGCUAUGCUCUACGAGACGGAUUCGUUCAACGUCAAGGCGACCCUCGUGGAGCCCGGAUUCGUCCGCAGGGAUGAGCCCGACGCCUUGGCAACCCCGCUGCCUACCUGGGGCCACUUCCUUAUCAAACCAGCAAGCGAGGCCUACGCGCAAGCAACAUCACCAGCACUGCAUGCCAAGAGGAUGGUUCAAUGGCUCGGCGACCGCCAGCCGACGAGUGCCGUCAAGUGUGCUGAGCUUGUCUGGCAGCUGGCCCACUGCUCGUAUCCUCCGCUACGGUUACUCCUGGGAAGCUAUGCCAUUGAGAGUAUCCGCGAUAGGUUGCGGUCCGUUACAGAAGAGUUGGAGGACUGGAAGCAUCUGAACUUUCCUUCUAUGGCAGAAGCGGGUGGUGAGGGCGGAGGAAAGGACAGCAAACCAGACCAUGACGAGAGCAUGGCCGAUUCGGGGCAGGACGCGCCUAGCCAGGAGACGUAA